GGGACUGAUCCAGAAAGGACCCUGCCGCUCACUCCUGGUGGACGUUAGUGGGACCAUACUUCGAUCUUCCACUUGGAUGCCAAGUCUGUCAGAGGAUUGCGGAAUGGAUACCAAGUUGGCUGCAUGGCCGGGCGAGGCGCAGCAUAUGGCCCAAUUUUCUCAUAUUAGUCGUCAGAAGUCCGCGUAUUGAUCCCGUCCCAUCGUUCCUGGCGCCAGUGAACCUGCAAAGACAUGCAACGCCGUAGUCACAAAAAGUCCCGAGGGGGCUGUUUGGAAUGCAAGCGACGACAUGUCAAGUGUGAUGGCGGUCGUCCCAUCUGUCUUCUUUGCAAGAUUGCCGAACGGGAAUGCAGUUACUCUUCCAGCAUCCUGGGGAGGCAGACCCUCCCAACCCCCGGGGCGUCUCCGCAGUCCCGAUCCACCAGUCCCAGCGUGGGGAUCAUGGAGCGAAAUCCCCCGGUAAUCACUGAAGCAACAAACACUGACUGCGGAUUGACGGCCUCGAUUUAUUCCCCCGUCAACCUCACGCACACCGCCCUCAUCGUCCAUCUCCUCACAACAAAGGAACUCUUCACUCUAGGUGACAGUGUCCCAGAUCACGCCGGCGGCAUAACCUACGGCCUCGAAAUCGGCCUCUCGCACCCCUACCUCUUGCACGCAUUGUUGGCCUUCUCCGCCCGCCAUCUCGCCCAUGUGCAUCACGAGCCCUCCAUUUUUCCCUCUACCGAUGGCGCAGCGUCCGAGGCAAGCGGGAUAUACACCCAGCAGGCCAUUGCCCUUCAAACUCGUGCUAUCGCACUGUUCAAGGAGGCCUGCCAUGGGAGCGUUCCUGUUCCCCUCAACCAAUCCAACUGUGUGCCGAUCCUCCUCUUCUCCUCCGUCUUGGGACACCAUCAUCUCGCCGACACUCUGGCGAAGCGGCCGGCAGGGGGACUAGAGCCGUUCCUUUCGCACUACACGCACUGUAUUGAGAUGCACAGGGGCAUCUACACCAUCGCCAGGACGGCAUGGCCGAUGCUCUUGCAGAACGAACGGCUGGAACCGGUCCUGACUGCAAGUGCGGGUCUGACCUCACGUGAGCCAAGAGGCAGUGAGUGCGAGACCUUGAAGAUGCUGUUCUCCUCGGAACAAGAUGUUUGCGGACACAAUCAGGAGUACACGGAUGAAGCAGAAAGACAAGCUUGUCUCACGGCAAUCCGCUACCUGCAGGUUGGUUUUGACGCGAUUCUUGCUGCGAACACGGCAGACGGCCAGGCUGCAACCGAACAGAGCAGAUACCACAUGGUUUUCUCGUGGACUAUGUUGGUACCAGCCCAGUUCACGCGGUUACUGGCUGCUAAGAGGCCGGAGACUUUAGUGGUGUUGGGGUACUAUGCGAUAUUAUUGCACUACGCAAGGGGGCUUUGGCAGGUCAAGGACGCGGGGACGUAUAUAUUUGGUAUCAUUGAGGAGUAUUUGGGUCCUGCGUGGAGUCAGUGGCUGGCAUACCCCAGAGCAAUGAUAAGAGGGAUCUGA